UAACCAGGAACCACAAUCAUAUGUUUCUGGACGAGAGCAUUUAGUGGCUGGUACGCUUCAAGACCAGCUAGCAUGCUACCCUAGCUUCAGCUAACCUGCCUGCCUUACGAUUUUGUUGUCGUAUUCAGCGCUUGUUUUUACUUCAGCCUUUAGGGUUCGUGAUGGACAAUAGUGAAGAGUCGAAAGACAGCACGGACCGGUCCGACCUGGUUUCCGAGGACGGCAAGAACAGCAAGGCUGUGUUGUGUCAGCGCUGCGGAUCCAAGGUGCUGUGCCCGGGGAUGGCUGUGUUAGCAGAGAAAGAGUUGUUCCUACCCUCCAUGCGGAAAAAGAGCGGCCUCCGCUCUGCAGACGGAUCAGUGGACGGGGACACUCUGACUGCCCACUGGUUUGUGGACGACAUGUUCAAUUUUGAGAAUGUGGGCUUCACUAAGGAUGUUGGGAGAAUCAAGUAUCUCAUCUGUGCAGACUGUGAGAUCGGACCAAUUGGCUGGCACUGUUUGGAUGACAAAAGAAGUUUCUACAUUGCUGUGGAAAGGGUGAACCAUGCAUAGUUUAAAUGCAGAAGAGAGCCCACAAGAACUUUGAAAGAAAAUGUGCCGGCAGGCUAUGCAUCUUUUCAUGGAUUUACUCACAGAGUUGACCCCCAGCCAAACUAAUCCAUCACACAUACUCACACUUGACACAUACUGUACAUACAGAUCUGAUUGUUAUGUCCAGAAUUAUUCAUGAUACCAGUGCUAUAUGUCUCUACCAUUCAUCUUGAUUAUGCUGACAACAGUGUGACCACUCUGUUCCAAUAAAACUGUUUUUUGGGAA